UUUGGAAGGCUGGGGGUCUGCUGCACGCAGCCUAUAGCGCUGUCUGCCCACCGUUACCCUCGUGGGGGCGCUGGUGCUGUGGGCGGCGUUAACGGGCAGGGAAGCGGAGCAGCAGCUCGAAUCAUUUCGGGUCAUUGUACGUCAGCGCAGCCAGCGUCUCACGCCCAGGCCUGCGGGCGUGCGGGGAUGCGGGGAUGUUGUUCUAAACCCGGAGACUUUCUGACCGCGUGCGGCUGGAGUUCAGUCUGUGGUUGGUAGUAAUUCUCGUCGUUUACCACAGCAGAGCAGAGCUGGACAGCACUGGCUGAGCAGUGAGACCACUCCGCGGCAUCUCUCCUCAGAGCACCAGCAUCGAGGAAGGUGGUGAAUCUUCUCUGUGGUUUUUGCUAAUGGCUUGGCAUUGUGUGCUGUGAUGCUGUGCUGGAGGAUGGCACAGAGAGCCAGCCAUGGAGGGACGCAUGCCCAGAUUUGCCCCCUUCCUAAUUCUGUUGGCAUUGUCAGGAUUUGUACUGCUCAUACGCAACAUCACCUCAAUGGAAAAGCUGAACUGUCAGACAAUGUCUGCAUUCUACCAAAUCCAGAGCAGCAUCCACUCAGCCUUUAAAACACCUGAGGCCUUGCUGUCGGUGGAGCUCAACCACACAUACUGUGCCCACCUGGGCCAGGAGCCCACUGCAGAGGAGGCCAGAGAAGAGAGUGAUCUCCUCAAUUCCAUUUCCUGGCCUGGACCCCUGGUGCCAGGACUCCCUCUGCGGCUCAGCAGUGACCCUGCCCAAAGCUACUUUGUGAUCAGGGGGCCAGCAGAGCAGCAGGAAGGUGGUCAGUUGUUGGUGGACAUCUACAUGCUGAAUUUCAUGGGGCAGCCCAAGAAGCAUGGGGGAGACUUCCUGGUGGCUCGUCUACAUUCACCAGAUCUGGGGGCGGGUGUGGUGGGCCAGGUGCAUGACCACCGGAAUGGUAGCUACACAGUGCUGUUCCCAUUGCUGUGGGCAGGAGUGGUGCAGGUGGACCUCACUAUGGUGCACCCCAGCGAGGCAGUGGUGGUACUGAAGAGGCUGAGGGAGGAGCAGCCAGACCGGGUAUUCUUCAAGAGUGUUUUCCGUUCUGGCUUCCUCUCUGAGACCACUGUGUGCAACCUGUGCCUGCCCCACAAGGAGCAACCUCUCUGCAACUUCACUGACUUGCAAACUGGAGAGCCCUGGUACUGUUACAAGCCCAAAAUGUUAGGCUGCGACACUCGAAUCAAUCAUUCAAAAGGAGGCUAUAAGAAAAACCUCCUUACAAAAACUGAAGCUCAGUUCUUCCAAAGUGGUGUAAAUAUCAAGGUUCCUAUACAUUCCUCAGGGAUGGACAAUGUGACUGUAUUGCCUGCAGAAAAGGGUGAAACCAAAAUGAAAAGCAAUAAAUUCACCCCUGCGGGAUACUACUAUCAUCAUUCUUGGAGGCCUUUGAGUGGAACAGUGAUGCGACAGUUUAAUGACUCAUCAGCCAUAACACAGUGUCUUAAAGGGAAGAUUAUAUACAUGUUUGGAGACUCCACUGUGCGGCAAUGGUUUGAGUACCUCAAUGCCUUUGUUCCUGAAUUGAAGGAGGUCAACCUUCACAGUCCUAAGAACGUGGGGCCUUACAUGGCAGUGGACAGUGGGCACAGCAUACUGCUGAGCUACCGCUGCCACGGGCCACCCAUCCGCUUCACCUCCGUGUCCUCCCCGGAGAUGCACUAUGUAGCUAACGAGCUGGACAGGAUACGGGGUGGCUCAGACACAGUGGUGCUUGUGGGCAUCUGGUCUCACUUCAGCACCUUCCCUGUGGAGGUGUACAUCCGGCGUCUCCGACACAUCCGCAGGGCUGUGGUGCGGCUCCUGGACCGCGAGCCAGCCACUCUGGUGGUGAUCCGCACAGCCAACCUCCAAAAGCUGGACCCUGAGUCCAGCCUGUUCAACAGCGACUGGUUCUCUCAGCAGCAGGACGUGGUGCUGCGCGCCAUGUUCCGAGGGGUCAAUGUCCAGAUGCUGGAUGCCUGGGAGAUGACACUCGCCCACCAUCACCCCCAUCUUCUGCAUCCACCCCCUACCAUCAUCAAAAACAUGGUGGACUUAAUCUUGUCCCACAUCUGUCCAGUCAGGGAAAAAAGAGAGGCACCUAGUAAAAGACUGAAACAUGAUCCAUGAAUAUGGGGCGAGUCUGAAACAGACCUGGCUGUUUCAUAAUUGUGACAAAAAUUCUGCUUUGUGCCAAGAGAAUAUAAAUUUUUCAGCAAGCAAAGAAUGAGCAUGCUCAAAUUUUCAUCUAAUUCUGAAAAUAAACACUUAUACUUACAAAGUAAUUAACCACAAUUUAAAGGAUGACGAUUACUAAUGAAGACACUUUCAGUGAUGGCCAUUCAGUUUUUUCAGCGGUGAUAAGCUGGAUAGGUCUAAUUCAUCAGCACUUUUAUUCUCCAAGCACAAAUAACCAUUAUGGAGGCCAAGAGUGUUAGAGAUUUAUGUAUAGGAGGGUAAGUCUUUACCAAAGGGAUCUUGGGACAUGCUCCCCCAGCAGGAUGUUUUUCAUGAUUUCUUCAUAAUGUAUUAAUCGCAGAUCUUUUACGACUUAAACACCACAUCUGUCCACAAACACAGAUCAACCCAGUAUUUAAAAGGUAUUAAAAUCAAACAAUGCUGUCUCCUCUGUCUUGGAAAAGCUGCAGGCUCUACACAUGUUAUUCAAAUACACAGAUUUCAGAUUG